GGGACCCCACAAGACCACGGACUAUAUAGACUUGGUCCCUGGACGAAUGUCCUUGGACCCAUCUCCAUUCAUUAUCGACAUAAUACAAUCGCCAUCAUGUCUUCAACAACACUGUCAGACCCCAAGGAAUACCAGAACAUCUUCCACUGGGCCGAAACACAGAAGGAUGGGACUAUUCCCUCCUUCGCCACGAGACGAAACGACCCUUACCAGUACCAAGCGGGCUUUGGUAACUCAUUCGCCUCUGAGGCAAUCCCCGGUACCCUUCCACAGGGCCAGAAUAACCCUCGCAAAGUCCGUUUUGGAUUGUAUGCAGAGCAGAUCACUGCAACGGCUUUCGUUGCUCCGAGGCACUCCAACAAGAAAGCGUGGCUAUACCGGGCUCGUCCGGCCGUUGCUCAUCAAGGAUUUAAAACCCUCCCCGACAACCCCGACACAGAAUCCAAUUUCCUCCCGUUGAACCCCCGCGUGCACGUCUCUCCCACCCAGCUUGCCUGGCACCCCUUUGACAUCGCAGACGGAAAAGAUGGAAAGGUCGACUUCAUUUCCGGUCUCAAAACAGUCGCCGGCUCGGGCGACCCAACGCUCCUCGAAGGCCUCGCGACCCACGUUUAUACCGCAAACACCAGCAUGACGCAGAAAGCCUUUGUCAACUCGGACGGCGAGUUUCUCAUCGUUCCCCAGGAGGGAACCUUGGACAUCCAGACCGAAUUUGGACCGCUUUUCGUUCAGCCCGGUGAGAUCGUCAUCAUCCAGCGCGGUCUGCGGUUCCGCGUCAGUCUAGUUGACAAUAAACCGGUUCGCGGAUAUAUCCUUGAAAUCUGGGGGAGUCGGUUCGAGCUCCCAGAUCUGGGUCCGCUGGGUGCCAAUGGUCUGGCUAAUGCCCGGGACUUCUUGUCUCCGGUUGCUGCGUAUGACAAGCAGCGCGAACAGCCAUGGGAGAUUAUCUAUAAGAUGGGAGGGAAGUUCUUCAGCAGCACACAGAAUCACAGCCCGUUUGACGUUGUAGCGUGGCAUGGCAAUCACGUCCCCUACAAAUACGACCUGACCAAGUUUGUCAAUGUCGGGUCGAUCUCGGUCGACCACAUCGAUCCCUCUAUCUUCUGUGUGUUGACGGCCAAAUCUCGUGAUCCUUACACGCCAUUGGCCGACUUGCUCAUUUUCUCCCCGAGAUGGGACGUUGCAUCGCACACCUACCGCCCACCAUACUACCACCGCAAUGCCGCGUCUGAACUCAUGGGCCUCAUCUACGGCGGAUACGGCGGCCGCUCUGACGCCUUUAAGCCCGGCAGUGUCUCUUUUGAAUGUGGCAUGGUCCCUCACGGCGUCGCCUACGAAGAAUUCAAAUCAGCAAGCGACCAAGUCCCGCCCGAAACGAGAAUCUCCGAGGGUUCGAUUGCGUUCAUGUUCGAGUCGAGCCGUCCGUUCACCAUCACGGACUACGCGUUCAAUAGCCCCAAGUUGCACGAGCAUGAGCCGAAGAUGUGGGACAAUCUUGUUGACAACUUUGCGCAGCAUGAGAAGGAGGUCGAGGAGAUUUUGGCCAAGGGUUCUGGUUAAUGAGAGUGGCUAGUGUAGUAUUAUGUACAAAGUCUUCAUUCGCGUUUAUAACUGAGGGAACGGUCGACACAUUCCAUGAUCAGUAUUCUUGACUUAAAUCAACGUCAUCCAUCCACCCGGUAAGGCUGGCCUCUAUCCGACGGGGGGCAUUCGACUGACGGAGAGUCGAAUCGAGUCUUGGCACUUUACUAUGGGAGAAAAUUG